AUGGAUGAGCUGCUUGCCGAGUUUAUCAAGAGGCUCCUCUUGAAAAUCCCAAUUUCAGAAAUUAUGACAAUCCUCAGGACAUGGGGCUUUUUGUCUGAAAGUCAACUGCAGACCAUCACCUUACGGCAAAGAAAGGAACUUCUUGCUCAGGACGUGGUCCAGCUCUGUGAGGAGAGUGGUGUAAGUCUCGAUGACGUGGCCCUUUUAGACAUCAUUUAUAAUCAAGUUCAUCGGCACCAGAAACUGUGGGAUGUUUUUAAGAUGAGUAAAGGAGCAGGUGAAGACGUUGACCUUUUUGACAUAGAACAGUUCAAAAGUUCAUUUACAAAAAUUCUUCGGAAAGCUUUAAAAAAUGUGAUGGUCAGCUUCAGAGAAGCCGAGGAGAAAGCACUGUGGAUUCGGAUUGCCUGGGGAACGCAGCGCACGAUGCCGAACCAGUAUAAGGCCACGUACGUGGUGUAUUAUCCGCAGACUCCGUACGUCUUUGUGUCUUCCUCCAGGAUGAAGAGCAGUAUACCCCUUCUGGGUCAGGCACUGGUGAUUGCAACCAAGCACCAUCAGAUUAUAAAAAAGGACUUCAGGAGCCGCUACCUGGACUCCCUUGUAUCUAUUGUUUUUAAACAGUAUAAUCAGGCCUUUGAAACUCACAAUUCUCCUGCCCCUGUCCAGGAAAUAAGCCCGUGGCAAGAUACAGAUGAGGAUGUCAGAAUCGUUCAUGAACACACUGUGGAAAAAGAGAGGAUCCAGAGGGUCACGCAGCAGGUCUUUGGAGACUACCCACAGCCAAGGCUGGAGUUCGCACAGUACCAGCUGGAGACAAGGUUCCAGAGUAACUUAAACCGGAGCAUCCUGGCCGAGCGGAAAGAGCCCCUUCGGUGCCUGAUCAAGUUCUCCAGCCCACAUCUGCUGGAAGCUCUCAAGUCCUUAGCACCAGCCGGUAUUGCAGAUGCACCGCUGUCUCCAUUGCUCUCUUGCAUCCCCAAGAAGGGAAUGAAUUAUUUUAAGAUUAGAGAUAAAUGA